AUGGGGUUUGGGAAGAUUCAUGACCGUUCGGAAUUGGGGAAGAGGCUACAGGCGAUGAGACCAGGGAAGCAGAAGGGGAAGUGGUUUUCGUUGCAGGAAAUGAGCGAGAGGCUUGCUAAGGACAGGGAGGCCCAGCAUGAGGAGAUGGGGAAUAGAACAGGACUCCCGCAUGUGGUUGCAGAUGGUCUUUUCAAAAUACACAAGGACAGUCUCCAAAAGGAGAAACAGAAAGGGCCGCUUGGGGGUCAUCUAAGAGCUAUUUUCGGUAUAGCAGAUGUUGAUCUUGUUGAUGUCCCACCGAAAAGGGGGGUUUUCAGAGUGCUUAAUAGCCCCCCUCUUCUUUUCUCAAGCAUGAGUAUUAAUAUUUUGGGUUCCAUGGGUGUGGCCCUGGAUGAGAAGAUAGCAGGACCCCCAAAAGAUCAUUUAAUUGAGAAUUAUUUUCAUCCUGACAACAUGUCAUCUGCUGAGAAACUGAAGUUGGAGAUUGAAAAAGUAAAAGAUGAAUUUAAAAUGUCAGAGUCAGAUUGUGGUUCCGCUCGUGUUCAAGUGGCUCAAUUGACAACACAGAUUAAACAUCUGUCAACUGUUUUACAUAAAAAGGUUAGCAUCUCUACCUACAAGGACACAACAAAGAUUAAACAUCUGUCAACUGUUUUACAUAAAAAGGUUAGCAUCUCUACCUACAAGGACACAACAAAGAUUAAACAUCUGUCAACUGUUUUACAUAAAAAGGUUAGCAUCUCUACCUACAAGGACACAACAAAGAUUAAACAUCUGUCAACUGUUUUACAUAAAAAGGAUAAGCAUUCUACACGGGGCCUUCUAGCAUUGGUUCAAAGGAGGAAGAAGCUGUUGAAAUAUCUCAGACGGACUGACUGGGACUCGUACUGCCUUGUUCUCUCGAAGCUUGGUCUCCGUGAUAACCCUGAUGUUAAAGCCUAGGCAACUGCUAAUGAAAAGUGAGUUUUCAGAUGUAAUAUGUGACUAAGAAGUUAUUCUACUUGCUUGCAUCUGCAGUUGGGUGUUUUGAAGGGUGGAGGAUGGUGUUGCCAUUAUAGAAUUGGGCAAUUUUUUCAGGAAUUUUAGGUUCAGAUCAGUCAGUUAAUCCAGGCUAUUCUUGCCGGUGGUUCGGCUGGUGCACUAGCUGCUAUAUUACAUUGUGAUCGGUACUGAGCACUUAUACCUAAGAGAGUGAAAUGUUUGUCGGAUUCUGGUUUCUUCAUUCGAGCUUGAGAUUUUCAAUCUGAAUUUAUUUGCUCAAAUUGUUGAAAAGUCAUUAAAAUUUGGAUUUGUUUGCAAGACAAAUUUUUUUUGUUGCAAUUGACUAAUAAAUCAUACAUUUGUGUCACUGAUGGUGUAAUUGUCAUUUUUCAGUGAAUACCAAAAACAAUGAUGCACGAGUUUAAAACAAUUACAAUACAUGUUUAUGAGUCCAAAUUUUUCCUCAUUUUUAAAUGCGGACAAAUCCAAACUUUAUAGGCUUCCGUCUGAUAUUUGGCUACAGGACGAACAACAUUUUAAUUAAAUUUCAUGUUUUUUGGGUAAAUUGCUUGGACUAUAGUCAUAGUUUGUAUAUACUUAUAUUGGCUGACAUCAUUAAACUUUUUUGUGUUUAUCUAAAAACAGAAAGGACUUACCUGGUGCCAACAUAAGAGAAGGGGUUUCACACACAUGGAUGUAGUAUUGUUUAUAUUAAGAGUUAAAAGACAAUUACAAUGUUUUGCAGUGCCUAUUUCCAGAAUAUGUUGUUGGAGAUGUUCAGACACCAAUCUUAUUAAACCCCAUUUUUGAUACAUUUCAGGUAAAUCUUAGUAUAAUAGAACAAAUAUGUGAAGAAUUAAAGAAAUAUUUGGGUUAAACAAUUUUAUUUUUUGUCACAUAAAUUACAUCAGCUACACCAAAUCCUCCUGAGCUUGAUGGGUGGAACACACUACUUGCACCAAUAAUUCACUUGAUUCAUCUCAUCCUCCUUAUCCUGAUCUCACUAGAUGCACACCAUCCCAAAUGCAACUUGUAAAAGGUGGAGUAGUAUUUUUAAUUCCUUACAAAAUUAUAGUAAUAUUAUACUAUGAUACAAAAUUUAAAUGAAUUCUGAUUUAUGUCAAAUUUAAUUACAGGGCUCUUUUUUUAA